UCAUGCUGCUGCCAGGUCCACAGUCUCUCAUGGGUCCCUGUACGGCCUCCCAUUGCUGCUGUCUCCAUCGCCACACUCUGCCAUGUGCCACUUUCAGGUCUCCUCACACACUGCUGGGUUCCAUUUUGUCAUAGGGUGCUGGCAGAUUACGGGCCUCCCAUUGCUGCUGCCAGGCCUUAAUCUGCCAUGGGCCCCUGUACCGCCUCCUCAUGCUGCUGCCAGGUCCACAGUGUCUCAUGGGUCCCUGAACCGCCUCCCAUUGCUGCUGUCUCCAUCGCCACACUCUGCCAUGUGCCACUUUCAGGUCUCCUCACACACUGCUGGUGUGUUCCAUUUUUUG